CACCUGAAAGUGGAACCGAGCGGAAGUGAGUGGGAUGGGAAUUGGCAGUACAAAAACCGGUAUUCGGUGCCAAGCCUAGCAGGAAGCCGUCUAGGAAGCCUGAAUAGGGUGGUAUGCAGGAAUAACCGGUAUCUGAUUUCCAAAGGAAGAAGAUUGUAAUUUCCAGACAAUGAUGGGGAUCAUAACUAUCCGGGUCCGUGCUCUCCCAUCGACCACCGGUUUUGUAGAUCUACCAUACCAUUCUAAACCGAACGAGCCGCUUGGAAUCGUUUAAGUAAAUCAUGUUAAAUAUUAAAUCUAUUUGCAGAACCCCACCCACUAAACGGGUGGCUUGGUUUUGCCAGACAAAUGAACAGAAUCGCGCAGUGGUUGUACUAUUGCAUAGUUAAGGAGAUAGAAUAUCUGGUUUCAAAACUGUUUCACCGUAAGCUCGAAGUAGGCGUUAAGCGAGAUGGAUAAUAAAUUUACCCCUACUUAAGGCUCGCCUUCGUGCGGGUUUGGCAAAGUAGUCUCAUCCGACAGGAUAAGGAUCGAUCGACGGAUUGGCUGGCAUUGCUUCUAGUGUGGAUUAUCUUAUCAGCUUAACAGCUCCAAUCUGAGCCCCGUACUGUUUCCCUCGAAGACUCCGUGAUGUCUGAUUUUUAUGGCUGCCUUUCUGUGAUCCGAAACCUUUCUUUCUUCUCACUUUUUAUCGUUGAAUUGAAAAGCCUGCGACGCCGUAUCACGGUACCGGGCAUCAUGGAUCGAUUUCGUACGCCCGGAUCGUGAUCCACACUAAGCACGUGACAUCAAUCAUCUCGACGUACCCGUGUGAUCCCCUUCGAAUGAGCGUACUCUUCUGAGCGAAGCUCGGUUCAUCAAUGCAUUCCAUCGCAGCCGGCAGUAGGUCAAAGUGGCCAUUUUCCUUCCUCCGGCCAUACGCAAUGCGGGUAAUAUCGGAGGAGGCGAAAAAAAGGACGAAGAAGAAAAUCCGUCAAGUCAGCACCGUCAUGGUCAUGUUCUCAAACCCAGCAUAUUUUCCAUCAUAUGCUUGCACGAUAAGGCUCGUUGGUGUGGCCGUCGCGUUGCGUCACGUCGCAGGAUACCGAGCAGACUUUUCCCAGACGACCGUCGACCCUGAGCAGAAGGGAGGAGGUUUUUUUUAAAAAAAAUCGCACACCACCCCGGCAAAAUGUAUUUUGCAAUGAUACUUGCACAUAAAUCACACCUCGUUCGCUCGCAGGGUCGCGGCGCCAGCAGCUACGCGGUCGCCAGUAGACCGGACGAACCCGUUGUGACUGUAAUGCCAACGCUACGUGAGUUGACUGUGUGUUCACGGGUUGAACGCGUGACUAAGCUCGAAAAGCUUCUUCCAUCAGCCAUCAGCCAGUCAAGUCACUUUGGUUGGAAUGUUUUCGGUUUGCAGCACAGUUGAUGAAAAGCCAACAGUCGAUGAUAUGCCUGCUGUGAUGUUGGUUUCAUUUAAAUUUACAAACUUUCUUUUUUGUUCUCACAGCAACUGUCUCGAGCAGAAUCUCACAUUCGGAAUCUGCAUUUUUUAUUCAAAAAUAUUUUAAACAUUUGUCGAUGUUGGACAUGUUGGACAUCAUCAUGCCGGGCGAUCCGAAUAAAAAUCCCACAUACACAAAGCUUCGAGAGAAACACUGAUGGCUGUUGCUGAGUGCAGAAUCCAUACCAAAACCAAGCUGCCAUUCGUUUCGAUGGAAACGAAUAUCCACGCACACGAGCACACGUGUGCGUGCACUAGAAGUAAUUGAAAUUCAGUAAAAAGCCACAGGUGAAUCCAUGUAAAUAAAAAUCCCAAUCAUAUCCCAAUCUCCGCGUAAAAAAGAAAUCAUAACAUUCAUUGCAACUGAACCGUGACACAUGGAAGGCUGGAAAAUAUAAAUGCAGUCUCCUUCCGUUCCUGAGCAAUGAGGAAUUACCAACUGAUGAGAGUGGUUGAUUGUAUGGUUGUUAUAUAAAUCGAGGCUAUUCCGACUGUUAUGUUAGCAAUCGUCAUUAAACAUCAACAUUAGAUAAAUAUCAACAGCCGUCGUCGGUUAGGGGAAAGAAAAUUAAAUUGAUUAUCGUAAUAUGUAGAGAAUGAAUGGAUAGAUGUACGUUAGGUCAGAGAAUAAGACAUCUUCGUACCCGAAUUUCAAACGGUCGAUGACCAACCAGCUUAUAGCGAAUGUGGCAAGUUAUUGUAUAUACCGGACCGAAUAUGCAUUCGUAGCUUCUCCCUAAUUCAAUGCAAAUCCGACCCUCGGUGUGAUGGUAGCAGGAAAUUUAGGCCGUGACCAAUGUUUGCAUUUCGAUCGAAUAAACGAAAAAUAGAGUAAGCUUAAUUCACUACGAGUUUCAACAAGAGCGUUAGAUGUACCGCUGGGUGUGGUUGACUAAAAGUAUCAAAUAGAGCUUGUCGAGGAAAUAAGAUCAACAUGAGCUAGUGUGCGUAUGUUGUACGCUUUCAGAUAAUGAGGACUUUAUUUACGAAAGCCAAUAUUUUGAUAUCCUGUUGAGUAUGAAGGUAAUGUUUAUAGAUCGAGCGGUUUAUAUAACAAUUCAUUUACUGAUAUGCAGUUGUAUAAUAUAGCAAAACAAUUGUUGACGUUUGGUUUUCUUGAGAAAUUUAUUCAUUUCAUGAAUGAUGGCCAACGAGAUAAACAUUCAAAGUAGUUGCAUUUUUACAGUUAUUUCAUGGAACGAAUUUAAAUAAGGUUAUGGCAAUUUCAAUAAGAAGAAAACAAAUUCCUCUAAUAUUACCACACAACCCAACUAAUAGCAUACCGUUAUAAAAGAUCACAUAUUUAAGUUAUUUUUUUAACCAAUCAUGCCGAGCCCCCUCUAUUGGGGAGAUGUAGCAGCUGUAAACAUAAUUUAACAUCAAUUUUAUGUCAUAAGUUCCAUAGGGUUUACUCGUCUCAAACCAUCCAGCUAGAAUAACGAAGCUCGGAACCGUGUCAUAAAUCAUAAAUCCGUUUUUAUCAUCAUCUCAUUAUCCGUAAUGAUAGUUCACUAUCGCGCCGGGUUACUAUGUUGCAAAUUGUACAAAAACGUGUGUCUGGUGCUGGUGAUCAAAAAGUAGUGAACUGGUACAAGGAAAUAUAUAAUUGUUCAAAUUGCUCUAGCAAACCGUUCUACUAGAUGAUAUGCAAUAAUGGCAAAAGAUGACUUACUAUCGAUUGAAAAAGCGGUGAGCUCAGAACCAAUACGUCCCACACCGAAUCAAUACACCGCUACAAUGCAAAACAUGUGAGACAAAGAGGUAGUUUGUGAAUUUACGCUGGUGCAGACGAUGCCUGCACUAGAGAAUCAUUAUCUAAACUAACACAACCGAACAGGGUUUGAACAUUACGAGUACCAUUUCGAUAGCGGCACUUUUUAACAGCAUGUCAAAUUACUAAUACCGACCAACGAUCCGCGAGGUGUGCGAGGUGUGAUGAUCGUUUUCUAAACUCUGUCUUGAAGUUGAAGAAAUA